GCCCGGCCCCGGCCCCGGGCCGCCCGCGCUGCCCCCGCCACACACACACACACCACCACCGCGACUCAUGAAAAACCAGCUCCGCGGCCCCCCAGCGCGGGCGCACAUGUCGGCUUCGGGGGCGGCGGCGGCGGCGGCGGCGGUGGCUGGGAGCACCCGGGCGGCGUCGGAGCCCGCUGCGGGGUCUGGGGCCGGCGCGGGUACCGGGGCGGGCGCGGCGACGGCCGCGGGAGCCAUGCCCUGCAAGAGCGCCGAGUGGCUGCAGGAGGAGCUGGAGGCGCGCGGCGGCGCGUCCCUGCUACUGCUCGAUUGCCGGCCGCACGAGCUCUUCGAGUCGUCGCACAUCGAGACGGCCAUCAACCUGGCCAUCCCGGGCCUCAUGCUGCGCCGCCUGCGCAAGGGCAACCUGCCCAUCCGCUCCAUCAUCCCCAACCACGCCGACAAGGAGCGCUUCGCCUCGCGCUGCAAGGCGGCCACCGUGCUGCUCUACGACGAAGCCACGGCCGAGUGGCAGCCAGAGCCCGGCGCCCCAGCCUCAGUGCUCGGCCUGCUCCUGCAAAAGCUACGCGACGACGGCUGCCAGGCCUACUACCUCCAAGGUGGUUUCAACAAGUUCCAGACGGAGUACUCGGAGCACUGCGAGACACACGUGGACAGCUCGUCCUCACCCAGCAGCUCGCCACCCACCUCGGUGCUGGGCCUGGGCGGCCUGCGCAUCAGCUCUGAUUGCUCGGAUGGCGAGUCGGACCGGGAGCUGCCCAGCAGCGCUACCGAGUCAGACGGCAGCCCUGUGCCAUCCAGCCAGCCGGCCUUCCCCGUGCAGAUCCUGCCCUACCUCUACCUCGGCUGCGCUAAGGACUCCACCAACCUGGACGUGCUGGGCAAAUAUGGCAUCAAGUACAUCCUCAACGUCACACCCAACCUGCCUAACGCCUUUGAGCAUGGUGGCGAGUUCACCUACAAGCAGAUCCCCAUCUCUGACCACUGGAGCCAGAACCUCUCCCAGUUCUUCCCCGAGGCCAUCAGCUUCAUCGAUGAAGCCCGCUCCAAGAAGUGUGGCGUCCUGGUGCACUGCCUGGCAGGCAUUAGCCGCUCGGUGACGGUCACCGUGGCCUACCUGAUGCAGAAAAUGAACCUGUCACUCAACGACGCCUAUGACUUCGUCAAGAGGAAAAAAUCAAACAUCUCGCCCAACUUCAACUUCAUGGGGCAGCUGCUGGACUUUGAGCGGACGCUGGGGCUGAGCAGCCCGUGCGACAACCACGCGUCCAAUGAGCAGCUGUACUUCUCCACGCCCACCAACCGCAACCUGUUCCCGCUCAACACGCUGGAGUCCACGUGAGGCAGGGUGCCCGGAGGUGGACACAGUGCCAUGUUCUGCAUCCCUCCCCGCCCAAGGACCCCUUGGUUGGCACCUGUUCCCCAGGUCCAGGCCCAAGCGGGGGUGCUGAGCUCCCCUCGUGCCUCCCCCUCUGGCCCGCAGGCGAGGCCGCUCUCGCAAGACUUACUCAGACACAGGCCUUGGGGCCCAGGACACCUUUGUGCCGGCAGCCUUGGCCAAUGUGGCUCCUUUUUCAAAAGCGCACCUAUGGACCCAAGUGUGCCCUGUUCUUAAGGUGUGGGAAUCCGAACCCUGCCCCAAACACAGAGAGUGUGCACGCUCUUCUGAAAAAAGUUUUUAAACGAAAAGUAUUAUUUUCAGGCUCCACGCAACCGUGGAUUGUAUUAACCAGUGUUUCAGCCCUUUCUUGAUCCCGCGCGCAUGAGACGCAUUCUCAGUUUUGUUCUUCCCAGUUCAAAAAAAAGCAUUAUCAGUGUGUUCCGUUUUGGUUUUCCAAUGGAAAAGACAGAUACCAAUCCCGGCCCUGUGUAGAUCUUGACCAAAUGCAUUUUGCACAUGUGUGAAACCUCUGUUUCAUCAGCAGACCCUUCUUGAAGGGGUAGCUCGCUGCUCUCUGGGUGCCGGAACAUGCCCACCCUCUACCCUAAGUCAUGCUAUCUUCCGCCCCUGACCCAGGUCAGCGCUGCACCUUGCUGGCCUGUGAUGACCACAGUAGUUGAUGGCCUGCUCCUGGGUUCACAGCUGGUACUCCACCCUCCCAUCUGCCCCUCUGGUGGUCCUUGUAGACCUGCCCGAAGCAGAAGGGGCAGAGGAAGGGGUGGGGGGGACCCUGCUGCUGGUUUGGUGGAGGUGGCACCCUGGGGGACUGCCAAGCAGUAGCAUUAACGCUCUGGGCUCAGCUCUUGGGAGCUUGAGCCCAGGACCCUCUUCUGUGCAUGUCCUCCACUCUUGCGCCCUCCUCUCCAGCUCUGUAGGGGGAAUAGAGGUGCUCCGGGCAUGGGGGCUCGGCCUCUCAAGCUCUGCCCCUUGCCCUGGCCAUUGCGCUGGGCCACCUGGCAUCUCCUGCUCACUCAUGCCACCUCCCCCGCACGCAUACCUGGCUGUUAACCUUGCCCAUGCCAUCUGCCACCAGGAAACUUCACACCCAUUUCAACCCCAGGGCAGGGGCAUGCAGGGCGAGAACAGCCACAUGGAAGGGGCAGGAGGCCAUGUCUGCCCCACCCCAGCAUCCCCAGAAACCAAGCCACGGAUUCCGUUAACCACCUCCAGUUUUGUUCCUUCUUCCCCCUCAGUCCCACCAGGCGUCAGGACCGUAUGGGGGCCAGGGGCAGGGCGGGAGCGAGGCCACGGAAACUGCACCCCCACCGCAUCUUACCUCACAGGGGUGCUCUUCAGGGAUGCUCUCGGGCAGCAGGUUCAAAUCUUGCCACAGUCGAGAAAUUGACCAAAAGCUCCCACGCCGUACAUGGUUCUCUCUUUUUAAUUUUUAACAAGACAAACCCAGGACGAUGCAUCAGAUUUGUGUCAGUGAGGGUGUGCCAAGGGUGGCCAGCUUUGCUUUGUGACCGAAUGAAGGAAGAUUUGUGACCCUACAUAUGUAUACACUCACAUGGACAUAUAUAACUCCCGAGCCAGCAACGGGAGUUUGUUUAUAUUGCAAAUAAAUAUUAUUUUUUCUGUAAA